GCGAUGAUUUUUGUGUUUUGUGCAUUUCAAGAGUAGUGCAGCGAGGCUCAUAGCUUAGUUUGAAAAAAAAAGAACGCAGCCCGGAGACCCUCUACACAGGAGACGAAAAAACCGCAGACAAAUUCUCUGCUUCCCGCACUCGCCUGUCGCACACUGAUAGCAAAACGACAACCACACUGCGCAUGUGCGACGUGCCCCCGGUGUUCUCUGUCUGCUCCCCGCUUCCUUGCUCCCCUCCCCUCUUCCACCCUCCUUUCGUCCUGUGCUUACCCUCCAUGCUUUUCGUUUGGCAUGCCUCCUUCGUGGUUUCCUCCUUCGCCCGCUUCUUUCCGGCUUUCUUCCCUAUCCUUACCCUGACUUGCCCUCUUCGUCUUUCUUCUUUUUCCUAAUUGCCCUCCGUCUCUCCCUCUCUCCCUCUCCCCCUCUCUCCCGCUUUCCCUCUCUCCGCUGCCUGUAGUCCCACUUAUGCUUCUUCUUGUUCCCCCUCCUCCCCACCCGAGGAUCAGGAAAAUAAGAUCGACAGAAUCGUGAAGGGGAGGAGAAAAGAGAGAGAGCGAAAAUGAGUGUGAUCGACAUUCUUACGAGGGUCGAACUAAUCACAAAAAAAUAUGAGAAGUAUGACGUCAGUGCGAAGAGAGCGGAGGGAAUGUCCUCAGCGGACCCCUUUAUCAGGUUUUACUCGGAAUUACAGGCUCGGCUGGAGGAGUUGGAACAGAAAGCGAGCGAUGUACAGGUGGAAAAGAACCGCGCACUUGUGGCUACACUGAAUGCGGAAAUCCGGCGCGGGAAAAAUGAGAUUCUGAACGAGAUUCCAAAGUUGGAGAAAUUGGGGGGAAAGAAGGUCAAGGGUGUCAAUCCCGAAGAGCUGGCGGCUCGGCCCGAUCUGGUGGCAGCGUUGGUGAGUCGGGUUGAGAGUGUGGCUGAUGGAACUAUUGGUGGUAACAAGCGAGGGGGAAAGGCACAAGUGGCUCGUGGUGAAAUAAAGUUCGGCGGUGCAACCCUAGAUGAUGUCCAACUCAACCCGGAGCGCUAUCAACAGACAGAGGAUUCAAAAGCCUACCGGCAAGAGUUCGAAAUGAGGAAGCAAAAACAGGAUGAAGGUUUGGAGAUUGUCUCGCAAGGAUUGAAUACUUUGAAGAACAUGGCUGAGGACAUCCAUCAGGAGCUGGAAAAUCAGGAGCCACUAGUAGAUGAGAUGCACAACAAGGUUGACAAAGCAAAUGCAGAAAUGAGAACUACAAAUAAACGAUUGAAGGAUACUGUGACGUCGCUACGGUCCAGUCGGAAUUUCUGCAUCGAUAUUAUCUUGCUCGCUGUUGUGCUCGGCAUAGCUGCAUAUAUUUACAGUGCUGUUAAAUGAUAUGGUUGCCCUUUGGCGAAGAGCACCAUUCAAACACACAAUAAUGCACAAGGAGUGGUAAGCGUGCGGCUUGCAAAGUUGUUAAAGGUUCGACGUUGCGAGCAGCCUUCGGCCACUCGUGAAUUCUGGUACAGAAUUAUAUCCUGCCUCUGAAAUAUCUGGUUGCUGAACUAGUACAUCAAUUUGCCUUCGUGAUUGACAUCCACAUUGGGCUCGAACUCCGGUGGCCUUUUUUGGGCUUUUUCCCCUGUCUGUCCAGGAGUUCAUCUGCUGAUUUUACUGGUUUUGAAAUUGAUAUGCUGUGCCACGUGAGGAGGGCAUUGUUGACGAACAACUGUUGUUUGAUUUUAGAGAAGGAUUGGGUUAUUAUAUUUUAGAGGGUGCUGUAGGCAAACAUACCCGGUUGGAUUUCCGAUCAUUUGGGUAACUCACGAACGAAGGUCUGUAAUCGAGAAGUGACUGACAUAGGGAGAGAGACAGCAGAAUCGCAUUCAUACCUUUACCUUCCUUCAGAGGACGGGCAGCACAACACAAAGACAGUUGUUUUGCACUGGCGGCUAACAUCCUCCCAAGGCUUGUUGGCGAAAGCUGGGGCAUCUAUAGUCGGUAUUCUUGAGCGUCUACCUUGCAGUCCUGAAAGGCCAAAUAGGUCUCAUCAUCGGUAGUGGAGUGAGAGGAGUGAGAACCGUACAUGCGAUGCCUGCUUCACCUAUACCUUUCCUUAGAGGACAGGCAGCGCAAGAUGGAACAUACUCUAUUUUGGCAGAAUCCUUCAAGUUUUGUCAAAGACUGCUGCUUCGAUGGCCUCUAAUUCUUUUAGACUCCCACUCUUACAUCUCUGGAUGACCAUGUAUAUCGAUCGUGUUUGUAUUGUGAUGAGCAGUCCAAUCCUGCAAUACAAGCUACGCUUUUUUUUUGUCCAGUUUAUUCAUAAUAAUCUCAGCUUUUGCCUUUUUUUUUUUUUUUUUGUGAACAUGUGUGUGCAACCGGUGGGAUUGAAUCUGCUUUUUGCCUUGUUGAUUUGGCCAUUCCUCGAAAGUGAAUGACCGGUAUUGUGCUGCUGAUUACAAUUACAGGGCUGCCGCCUUCUAAUAGCCUGUCCGUCCGAUCCAGCAUUUUGGUACGCAGAACUCAGUUUUUCAGUAUUGUGUCCUUGCUGCUGCUGGCUUGCUUGGGAGUGGUAGUAGUAUUAGGAGAACUGUAAGUCCUGCACGUGCCCUUCGCCUGCUCAAUAUCUGUCACCGGAGGCACCAACUGCAUUUUGCCUUUUCAAAGAUUGGCCAAGCAUGCACAGCGAAUAGAGGAGAUAAUGGCGGGGAAGCAUACCCGCGUGUGAAUGCAUUUUUUYCUUCCUCGUCCAGCAUUGUGUGACACGGAGCACACGUAGUUUUUGCUGGGGUUGAAAUGUGUGACGCAGGGGGUAGAAAUGUGUGACACACAGCAUCGUGUGACACAAAGCGCUGCUUGCGGUGGUAUUGGCUUUGUGGCGAGCAAUGCCCGUGGUGCCAGUCUGGUUGAGAGUUGAAUCGGGAUGAUCCCCCUGGGAAAGAUCCGUCUCUAGCAUACCGUUUGGAAAUGCCACUCCGUUUGUUGUCAGAAGCUCAUAUGCUUCAUGGCAAAGUCGUGUUUCUGUUGAUUGCCUCUUGAACUAGGCGACAGAAAAAGCCAAAUGUCCAAGUAUUAUUUGGAAAUCUGAUUACAUGUAGAGAUGGAAGAGUGUUCAUGCCCCCUUGUUUACUUCACUAUUUUUUAUUUUCUUCGCCAGUCAAUGGAUUCUGAAUUUUUGAUAACUUGUAGAGAAACGAGGAUAAGCGAAAAUUUUAUCCCUUGUUUACUUCACUAUUUUUUAUUUCCUUCGCCUUUUUCUGUUUCCGCUUACCUUUUCUGUGAGCUGCUGCACGCUCGCUUGUACCUCAGGGUGUCCUUUCUCAUAAGCGACGUCUGUGAGUGGACUAGCUGAUUGGAUGGGGGUUAACCAACCGCCUUUUUUCAGGAACAUUUGCUGUGAUUGAGGGUCUCUCUCCACGUGGCCGCCAUCGAGGAUCAUUCUCUCCACCAUUUCUACUUGAAACUGAUGUACGGCGAUGGCACUGUUUAUUGGAACUGUCGUACGGCGCUCGCGCUGAUUAUUAUUAGUUAGAUUGUGUAGCGAUAGGGCUUCAUUUUGUACCAGAGCGGCGCAGAGUAACUGGCUAGUGGUUCUGGUUGACCCCCCCUUGGUUCAGUCCUUCGAUCUUACGAGGUAAGAGCAAGUGAAUGCUCCACUUUCGUUCCGACCAGAGGUUUGGGGGGUUGAAGAUGGUACAGCAAUCAGCUUGUUCUUUGAUCGAUACACGAGGCCGUCAGCCGCUAAGGUUUGGGGGGUUGGAGAUGGUACAGCAAUCUUUUCACUCCACUCCACUUGCGUCUGGUUCAUGCGCAUGUUUGUGGUGAGGCUUCUGCUAGUUUGUCUCGGCUGGGAUUCUGCUGCGACUGCUCUCACAUAGUAAAGAGCAAGAAACAGAGAAGAAUAAUUGUGGUGGUGGUGGAGGAGGGGGGGGAGGGGGGGGGAGUACAAAGUACUUGAAGAUGGUGGUAUGGUGCAGCAGCCAGCUUCUUCGCAGAGCGGUGGAGUAAUCAGGGGGCAGAUGGUCUUCCUGGUCUUAUACAUGAUCUGUAAAUGUGUGUGUUCCUGCUUAGUUGUCUGUGUGUAUGCGUGGGUACGUGCGUCCAAGAAAAAGACCUGUGAAAAGAGAGGCGUGGGGAAAGUGGCAGCAGAAGAGGAGGGGCAAGUGUGUGGGUGGCGAGCUGCGUGCCUACCACCUUCCUGUUGGUGGGAGGGAUGACGAUUGACUGGAUUGACAGGAAGCAGCUGUGAAGUGGAUUCACAGGUGGUCCCAUGCACCGUAAACUGGAUUACAGGCAGCAGCCAUAAAACUGUGCUGCAGAUGAUGUUUUUGCUUAUUUGGCAAGUGCAUCUGGUCAACGCUCAGUAUGAAGGGAACUGCAUUUGUGAAUUUUGUGGUGAAAUGCUGCCUUUUAGCUUUGGCACAGGCUUCAGGCUUUCCUUAAGUAACUGAGAGAGUGUGUCUGUGUUGUAAGAUGUGACGCCUUUUGUAUACAAUGUGGAUGAAAGGUUUUCGGAAAUGGCUGACAGCAAUGGUUUUCAAAACUUUUCAUCUUUUGGCUACAAUCAUUUUUUAUAACUUCAUGGAAGUUCAACUCCGGUUAGAGAGUCAGUCACCCACCUUGAGGGUUAUCAGGGUGGUGUAUGCCUUGUUCAUAAAGAUGCAUAACAAAUCAUAUGAACUCGU